CUGCCGUAUUCGUAGGGCGCCUGUGCUUAGGGGGUUUGUGCCUGGUGGUGGUUUCCUCGUCGCUUUCUGGUAAAGUUGGUGGCUGCGGCCCCUAGGCUGGGAUGAAUCGCGCUCCUGGUGGAGGCACGGGAGCCAAGCCAGAGCCAUGGCCAGUACAGUGGUAGCAGUUGGACUGACUAUUGCCGCUGCAGGAUUUGCAGGCCGUUAUGUUCUGCAAGCCAUGAAGCAUAUGGAACCUCAAGUAAAACAAGUUUUUCAAAGUCUGCCAAAAUCUGCCUUCAGUGGUGGCUAUUACAGAGGUGGGUUUGAACCCAAAAUGACAAAACGGGAAGCAGCACUAAUACUAGGUGUAAGCCCUACUGCCAAUAAAGGAAAAAUAAGAGAUGCUCAUCGACGAAUUAUGCUCUUAAAUCACCCAGACAAAGGAGGAUCUCCUUAUAUAGCAGCCAAAAUCAAUGAAGCUAAAGAUUUACUGGAAGGUCAAGCUAAAAAAUGAAGUAAAUGUAUGAUGAAUUUUAAGUUCAUAAUAGUUAAUGCAUAUGAGUACCAACUUUUUUAAUAAAAUACCUCAGAGCCACAGUUUUUAAAAAUGAUUUAGCACAAGCUAAAUCAAAGCCUUGGUAUGAUUUUCUUGUUUAAAUUUCUUGUUUAAGUUUGAAGAUUUUAAAUCAGAUUAUAGUUUAGGAUACUUGAAGAUUAGUACUCAAUAAUUAUGGGCAAAUUCAUACCAUAUGAAUAGAAAUACUGUUCAUUACUCAUUUAGCAAAUAAUUUGGUAUCUGUAUACUCUUCAAGAAGUGAAAAUGACAGUCCUUGCUCUCAAGGAGCCCACAGUCUAAUGGGAGACUGGUAAACUGGCAAUUAAAAUAUGAUAUGAUGGAAUUAGCACAAGUUGCUGAAGUAGGGACUCUUACUAAUGUUCAAGCUGUUCAAGGUACACACAACUGGCCCAGCUACUUGGAACCUUGUAUUUAUUGAUUGAAUGACCUGAUUUAUUUUGGGACCUUGUAUUUAAAAGUGAGUUUAGCCACAAUUUUGACCUAAGAAAUUGACUUAGAUAUGUAUAUAUAAUAUCACUAACAGAAUUGUUUACAGUAUUAUACUGUAACAGUCUAGUAAAUAUUUGAGUACAGGUCCUGUUUUUAAUCAAGAAGGUAUUUAUAUUGUAUUCAGCUAGCCCCUUAAAGAUACUGACCAUUUACAAAUUCCUUUAAUUGGUUAUUUUUUGACAUAAUCUUAAGUUCUGCAAUUGUUAUAACCACGUUCAAACAGUUGGCAAAACUGAAAACCAAAAUUCUCCGAAUGUUAAAAUGUUAUGUAGCUUGGACUAGUAAGAAUUUAUACACUAAUAAAUUUAAAUAACAUUUGAAGGCAAAUGACGGUUGGUUUAACAAAAUAUAUAAGGAUCUUAACCAGAAGACUUAUAUAAAACAUCUGAUGUAAACUAGUUUGUGAUCUCCAACAGGAGUAUUAUGUCUAGUUCUGAGAUGAUAAAUUAUACUAUCUACCAUCUAAAUCACUGUAAAGUUCUUAAUUAUUAAUGGAGAACACAAGGACUCUUGAGGUAAAAAUUAGUGGAGGUAAUCAUAUUUAGUGUUUGCAUUUUAAAGGAUGUAUCUGCUCCUUUAGUUUAUUUUCUAUCCUAUACCCAUGGUUAAAAUCUGAUGAAGUCUACAUGUUGUGAUUUAGAGUAUGAAGCAGCACUAGUUUCUAAAGCUUUUGUAUAACGGUACAUUUUUUUAAGCCUAUUUCCAGGGAUAAAGGGGCAUGAAGGUACAGUACAUUGGUUCUUGUUAUUUGCAGUAGUUAUGUUCUAUAAGUCACUGUCAGCACUGAAUUAGCAAAUACUGAACCCAUUGUUCCUAGGGAAAAUGCAGGUUCCUGUGAGUCUCUGGUCACUUUUGUCAUCCAAUCAAUAUAAAACCAUGUUUUAUAAGUGUUUCUGUUUAAAGACAGCUUGCUUAUUAA